CAAGGCUUCGCAACCGGUAACCCCGACAACGACGCCUGGGCGAUCCGACACUUCGCGACGCGGUCCGCCGGCACGCUGGAGUUCGCGGUGGCUCAAUCAUUUAGUAAGAAUUUCGGGCUAUAUGGCGAACGUUGCGGGGCGUUGCAUAUCGUGACGCGGGAUCAGGCGAGUGCGGCGAAUGUAGAAGCGGUGUUGAAGAAGAUUUCCCGGGCGGAGAUUACCUCCACGCCUGGGUUUGGGGCCAAGGUGAUUGCGACGAUUAUGAAGGAUGAGAAGCUAAGAGAGCAGUGGUAUCGUGAUUUGCAGACGAUGAGUGGCCGGUUGAGGGAUAUGAGGGGGAGGUUGUUGGAGGGGUUGAUAAGGAGGGAGACGCCGGGGAAUUGGGGACAUUUGGUGACUGAUAUCGGGAUGUUCUCCAUGACCGGACUGUCGCAGGAACAGGUGGUGGCGCUGCGGGAGCGGUUCCAUGUUUAUUUGCUGCCGACGGGGAGGCUUUCGAUGACAGGAUUGACGCAUGAUAAUGUGGAAUAUGUGGCGGAGUCUAUUGACAAGGUGGUGAGG